AUGGCUGCACGACAAGGGUUCAGGACGGCCAAUAUACCUACAGAUGUAGUGAUCCAUAUUGCCGCAACAAUGACUGUGGCACAACGUGGUAUGACACCGGGAAAAUCUGCUACACUUGUCAAGUUAAAGCAACGGCUCCAGCAUCUUCACGGGAACGAUGAAAGUGUGUGA